AUGGAACUAGCGCAAGUUCCCUACGGUAAUGGUGGUGGCCCAUUUCCAUCAAACGAUAAAACACCACUCGCUUACCUUCUUGAUAUAGCUGUACAAAAAACGUAUCAUGAUCUAUUUACAACAGCUGAAUUGUUGGCUAGAAAACCUGAAUUAGACCGAAAAAUUGAUCUUGUUACAUUUGCAUCUCGUACACGUCAGUUAUUUAUACGAAUAUUAGCCGUUGUUAAAUGGGCAAGAUCAGCUAAUAAAGUGCAUAUUUGUGAGAAUAUUGGCAAUUUUCUAGAAUAUCGUGCGAGAUUAAUUCGAGAAACAUCAGAUACACUUGCACAACUGGCACGAGAGAAACUUAUUGGCGCAAGACUGCCAAGUUAUCCGAUUACAGAUGCUGUUGACGCUCUUACUGUCGGUACAGAAGCAACAACCCCAUUCACGCCGGCUACAGAACAAGAACGACAAGAAAUCUUACCGCGUCUUGGAAAGAUUUUAGCGGCAAGAUUGGCUAUAACAGAUUUACCAUUGCAAUUUACCAAUGUGUCAAUUAAGAACGGACGCGUAACAUUGGCUGUUGACGGAGAGUUUCAAGUUAAAUUAGGAAUUACAAGUGAUAAUUUAUUUACCCCAUGGCAAUUAUAUAAGAUUAAAAUAUUUUUACGUGAUCCCGAAGAACCCGAACAAGAUCUUGUACAUCCAUUGCAGGCAUUUCGUAUACGAGAUAGAAGUGCUUCUAAACAAAAACACGUACAUAUACCAGAAUAUAUACCGUGCAAAAGUUUGACGAUUGAAUAUUGGAAAGAUUAUGUUAAUAGUAACAACAUUCAAAAGAAAACAGUUCAACAACCACAACAGCAACAAUCAACUGCUCAAGCACGUGGUGAUAUACGAAUGACAAUUAUUUGUGAUGAUGAUGCUAAAUUUCGAAUUAGUCAUUUUCCACCAUUAUUAAUCGAAGAUAGUUUAGCUAUUAUUCAAAUAUUAGAUAGACCGAUGUUUACAAUGGAAGAAAUUUUAAAUCGAACUAUUUACGCUCGAUCACAGAGACGUUUUGAAGAAUUAAAAGAAAUCAUUCUUUCGACAACAUCAGCUAUUAUUGUAAUCGAUCCAAUGAUUCCUGCAUUAAAAUGUGAAUUAUUGCCAGAGAGUACGUCAGAAGAAGUUUUAUUUAUAUCAAUUAGUCCAUUGAAUGGCAUCUACAAAGUUAUUUCCUAUAUGGAAUCCUAUUAUUCUCAACAGAUUGAAAAUUCAUUAAACAGAGAUCAAACAAAUUUAAGCGAAGCCAUUAAUUUAUUUAAAAUUUGGCUUAUUCAACAGCGUAUUGCACCAUUAAUUGCUCAUUUAAGUUGUCGUGUUUAUACACGUUUACCAUCAUUAAAUCCAAAACAUGAAUUAACAUCACAGUUUACGAAUAAAGCUGUUUAUAUUGAAUUAACUCAUCAUGAAGGCUAUUAUAUUUUAGUAUAUGUAUCAGAUGUCAAACAAUUGCUAGUACAAUAUUAUUUACUAGUUGUUGAAAAACGUUCAUCGGCUUAUGAUCCAGUUACAGCUCAACAACAACAGCAAAUGAUCAUACAACAAAAUUUACCAGGAUCAGUAGAUGAACCAACAAAAUGGAUAUUAGAACCAGUUUUAUUAUCUCCAUUAGAUCCAUCAACAUUCAUACAAAAAGAUGAUUUAUCGGCAUCUGUUAUUUCAUUGAAAUUAUUGUUGAAACUUGUUAAUUAUUACGAUGAAAUGUUAACAUUUACAUUUCUAAAAGAUGAACUUUUUCGAAAGAAAAUAAUUUGUAAAGGUAUUAUUUAUAGUCCAUGGACAGGUAUUCCAUAUUUAGAUAUUGUUCGUUUAUCAAGUGGAGAAGAGUCAUUAAUGAAUGAAGAAUUAGCCAGUUAUAUAUCCGAAUGUUUUUGGCCACGUUUACAAGCUUGUACAAUUCGUUUAACAUAUACGUUACGAGAUGUUAUUAGUAGUGGAAAACAUAAUAUUGAACGAUACUGGAAUGUACAUUUAAAAAUGAAUGAAAAUUAUUUUCAAAAUUUAAAUAUAAAAACACCGUAUAAUACGAUUGUGAUGUGUUCACAUUUACCAUCAAAAGCGUAUUCAAGAAUUGUUGAUCACAUACGUAAUGAAUUACGUUCAAUGUUUGAAUUGACUCAUUUAUUUGAAAGCUACGCCAUAUCAUUACAAGAUUGUACUGAUCUUCGUGCAAUAUCAGAAAUAUCUUAUUUCAAUUUUUUCAAAUGUAUAAUUAAUUAUGGACCGAAUUUUUCAUUUGGAGUUUGUGUGUCGUAUAACAAUGCUUUAAUUCUAAAUGUUCAAGAAAAUAACAGUCUCGGUGGUUUUGAUUUACGUUUUAUUAAUAAUGCAAAUACAUUAUUACCAAAUACACAUUAUGUAUUGAAUACAAAACUUAGUCCAUAUUUGAAUAGAAGACAUUCGUUAAAAAAACUAGUUCGAGUUCUUCAUAUGACUGCUGUUCCACUUGCAUCAAUAUGUCGACUUGAUUCAUUUAAUAGACCAAUUGUUAUAGCUAGUCAUGGUGGUACAGCGCAACCAAUAUUAUCAAUUGUACCCUACACUGAUACAAGAUGGCGUUUAUAUUUUUGGAAUUAUUUUGUAUUAGAUAUUCAAAUAUGCGGUCCAAAUCUCAUACUUGUACGUGAUGGAUACUACAGCGUGCAAUUAAAUAGUGCAUUACCCGAUUUUAAUCCAAUACCACAUCUGAAAGAAUUUUUAGCAAGAUAUAUGGAUGAUACUGGUUUAACAUAUGAAUUUGAUCAAAUAACUGAACGAUAUCGUGAUCGUGAUUUUCUGACUGAUAUGAACAUUCAUUCAGCGUCAUCUACAAUACACAAGCCAUUACCGCCCCCCUCACUGCCACCUCCAUCCACUCAACAAUCGUACGGAACUAUGACAAGCCUUUUACAUACUCCUUCAGGUCCUGCUAGUGUUCAAGCAACAUCAUCGAUGAAUCCCUUAACACCUGUUAACGUUAAUCAACAACAGCAGCUCCAGCCAAGUUCACCAUCAACAUCACUUAUUGCACCUAGUCCAAGUUUUCAAACAAUGGGCACACCAUCGCCAAUGAUGACUGGUAUUGGUUCUCCAGCUCAACUAACCGCACCAUCGCCAAUGGGUAGUGGUAUGAAUAUUGCAACACCAUCACCGGCUAAUCUCUAUGGCGAAAUGCCAUUUUCAAUAUCGAGUCCGGCAUCUCAACGACAACAUGGAAGUACUUUUCCAGGCUCAUUCAUUAGUCCUUCACCAGGCACUCCAAGCAUGAAUAUUCCAUCUGUUUCUUCGGCCACGACUACUACUGUUAAUACUAACGUUUCAACAUUUGCUCAAGCACGUGGAGAUAUGAUCGACUCUAGUAAACCCCCGUCCAUAACAUCGACGUUGAUCAAUAAUUAUAAUCGUCAUCUUUCACAACCAAUAUUUCCACUUUAUUUAUCCCAGCAAACAUUUUUCAAAAUGCUUCAUACAAGUGAUUCACGACAAUGGUCAAAAUUAGAAUUUUUUCUGGCUUCAUCAACAAUUGUGAGACAAUUUGCUCGUGCUGUAGCUGAACCAGUUGAUCAAAAUAAUAUAACGAUUCGUGCAGUAAAUAAUGAACCAGAUACAUACAGAAUGGAACAUCUUGCAUUACAAUUACAGUUCAUAUUUGAUAAAAUAUCGGGUUUAUAUAGAAUUAAGUUUACAACGACUGAGCAGGCACCAAUUGCAUCUCAACAACAACAAUGUUUGUGGUUAUAUGAUGAAUUACAAACAUUGGAUACAUUUUUCAAUGAAAUAUUCUUUACUAUAUAUCCAUUACCAAUGGCAAUUGAUAUAAUCUCAUUACAUUCAACAGCAAAUCGUGGAACAGUUGUUGCUACAUUACAAAAAUUAUUUACAUUUAUUCAGUCAAAAAUAUUAAAAGAUCUGAUUAAAAUUAUGAGACUUGAACAGAAUCCCGAUCCUCAACAUAUGUGGCGUGCACGUUGGUGUUUGACCGUUCCAAGUGGUAAUGGUUUUGCACAAGUUGGUAAUCCAUCAAUUGGAUGUGGACCAAAUCGACAUGUCUACAUAUUUGUUUUUCAAUUUAUUCCACGUACUGAGAUGCAACUACCAAAUGCUACAACAUUUAUUGUUCCUUUACAAUAUGAUUUACAAACAAAUUUAACAAAUUUAUGGGAUACAUCUAAAGCAACAUCAAUGUAUGUCGAACGUAAACUUGUCGAUGUUAGCCGAUUAGUCGAAGGGGUUAAACAAACAUUAAGUACUAAAAAAUCUUUUUGGCAUUUAAUUGAUUUGAAUCAUACGUUAACAUUAGAACAUGUUUGGAAAAGUUUAUGUCAUCCAUCAAAUAAAACCACAAAUGAAAUAAUGUUUCAAUGUAAUGACAAUGCUAAUCUAAUGCCAUUAUCGUCUAGUGUACAUUUACUAAAUAAUAAUGAUAAACUUAAAAUUGUACCUCUUGAAGCUGAUUCUAAUAAAACUUUAACUCAAAAUGUUGAAAGUUUCACAAAAGUUUUGAAACAAGACGAUGAACAUGAUGAACAAGAAGAUAACGAAGAAGAAGAAAAAGAAUUAAAAAAAAUGAAAAAUUAUAAACCAGCAAUAAAUGCACCAAUAUCGAAAUUUGCACCACUUGAAAAGUCAUCAAAACGUCGAACAACAAAAAAGGAAUUGAUACCAGUUCAUUUACGUAACAGUAAAAAAAUCUUUGAUCCUCGUUUUGAUGAACGUUGUGGAGAAUAUGAUGCAAGAACAUUUCGUAGAACAUAUAAUUUUAUUACAGAUCUUCGAAGUGAAGAACUUGUGACAAUGAAAACACAAUUGAAAAAUACCGAAGAUCCAAAUGAACGAUUGAAAAUCAAACAAGUUAUACAACGUUUGAAGACACAAAUAAAGAAUGUAGAAGAUUUCAAAAAAGAAGAAGAAUUACAUGAGGAAAUUAAAACUCAUAGUAAAGAAAUUGCUAAAGAUGGUCAAGCAACACCUUAUAUUAGUAAAGACGUAAAAAAAGUGAUCAAAUUGGCAACUAAAUAUACAGAUUUGAAAAAAAGUGGCAAAGUUGAUGCUUACUUAUCUCAGAAACGAAAACGUUUGGCAAGUAAACAAAAGAGUAAAUUACCAUUUAGAAGACCGGUGGACGACGAAAUGGAAUAA